AUGGUGGACGCGAGAGGGAGUGGCGUUAAAAAAUUUGCCAAAGCCGACGACUCCGUGGAGGCGUUUGAAACGCUAGUGCUGCUCAAGAAGGAGGUGAUCUCUGCGUUGCAGAACGAAUAUGAGCACGCGCAGAGGGAGUGCAGCGCAAUCAACCAAUACAGCUCGCCGUGCCCGCUCGGUAGGCCUGACGGGACAGCCAGCGGCAAUGCGGCCCUUUACGGAGACUCAUACGCUUGCCAUGGCAACGAACGUUCGCGCAGUCUGGACACUGACUCCGGAAGCUGUCGCAAUGACGCCCUUGUGAAGUGGGAGUCACCGGAAUUCCAGAGCCUAGAAAGGCGAUGGAACGCGCAACUCCAGGAGUGCAUCCAAUGCGUGAAAAUGGACAUGUCGUAUUCCAGGCCUAACUCGGUGUCGGCCGAAGAGAUAGACGCAAUACAGCAGUCGAUAGAGAAGCUGAAGAGCGCCUACUUCAGGGCUGUGAAGGAACGCGAGGAUAGCAACAAGUUGUGGCUCAGGCUCAAAAUGUACAGUAACACACGGAAGGAGGCUUUAGAAGACAUAUGCAAGCCGUACUGCUCGGCAAAGGAAACUCCCGAGCCGGUGGAUACCAAACGGAUGUUCUCGAGGGGUCCUAUGGCAAACCCGUAUCGCACCAUAGAGACCCUCAAAACCAGCAGUGAAAUACAACCCCCAUUCAUCCAAGGGGUUAUGUCGCGUGAUAACGAGGAUACCACGACGCCAGGGUCCUCGCAAACGCCCUCAAUUGAAAAGAUUGCGCAACGCGGAGUGCAGCAAACGAACGGUGCUGGCUACCAAAUGGCCUGCAACUCGGCAAUUGAUGAAUUCCUUUCCCAAACCGACUCCACCGAGAUCUUCCUCAAGACCGCAGAAAACAUAUACAUCCAGUACGGAGACGGGUGUAUGUCGCUCAAGACGUUCAACAACAUCGCGGACUUCCUCGUCCACUCCCUCAACAUACCGGCCAUCGACGGGGCGCCGGUGACAAGGCUGCUCAGACUCUACGGAAUCGGAAACGGAGCUAUUAUCGACCGGGAAACGUUCAUCAUGUUGUACUGGGAGGUUGCGCACGUUGUUAGACGGGCUCUGGAUGUGAUGCAGUGCGUUAACCUGACAGGCCUGCACGUGCAGGGCCAGCCGGGGCAGGAGCAGUGCAGCAACUUUGUAAAGAUAUCCAAUAUAUUCGAGUUCCGUAAAAAACUGUACAGUGGCUACUCGUGCUCCAAGUUCCUAGCGACGGAGAUCGAGACGGGAGAAAUGCGAGUCAUCGACAUAAUCACCAAAACGGACAAGGUGCCUCCGUUCGAGCUGAUUGCCCUUGAGGUGGCGCGCUUGGCCCAGCUGCAACGCCAACACCUGGCGCUGUAUUUGGACGCCUACCAGGACGCCAACAGCAUCUACGUGGUGUCAGAGUUUUGCCGGGGCGGGUCGCUGCUGCACCACAUCAGCAACAAGAGCGAGAGGGAGUACACCACCGGCUUCGUUCAGGUUGUGAUGUCCCAGGUCAUCGAGGCGCUGCUGUAUCUGCACUGCAACAACCUCGUGCACGGGUCGAUAACGAUUGACAAGGUCAUGAUGCAAGACCACGAAUACAACCAGGUCAAAAUCCGGGACACGGGUCUCAGGGGGCUACUGGACACCGUCGUAGGAGGAUCUGCGCUCACGAUGAUGCAUGUAGCACCGGAGGCGAGGGACGGGCAAGUCACCCACAAAAGCGACGUAUGGUCGGUUGGUGUGAUACUAGCGUUCCUCGUCACCGGCAUAGCGCCAGACGAGCACAUGGAUUACGUGCAGUACGCCAGGGCUGUGGAGAGGCACCUGGACAGGGGCGUAAUAUUCAGGAGGGACGACAAUCUGACCGACCUCGUGCGCAAAAUGAUCUGCGUCGACCCCAACAGUCGACCCACCGCAUUCGAGAUCAUAUCACACCCGUGGUACGCCACUUCAGGGCGUUCAGCCAACGUGCCUGGCUACUUCAGGUCAUUGAUAAGACCCAUAAACAGGCUUAACGCGCUCAAACGGAUGUACCUCGACAUCAUCAGCGUCCUGGAGUCACAGAGCUCGUUAUUCGUCUGCCGGAUACACAAGCUCAUGGACACUAUGCAGCUGGGCAAGCGGCUGCGGCGGGGAAAGGCGAUGAUUAAGGACCUCAAAAUGGCGCUGAGAGUCGAAGGUCUCCCCCGCCAGACAAUCGACAACAUCAUGGUGCUGAUGUUGUCUGAGAGCGAGGCUAACGCUGUCCAGCACUUCAUGAACGCGCUUGCGCGCUGGAAGAACGGCGAGAUAGCGCUCGCGUGGUCCGAAUUCGACAGCAGCCCGCACGGCGACCGUUGCUCCAUGGACAUUGCGCAGUUCACCAGGUUCCUCGCCAACACGCCCGGCAGGCUGAUACCGAUGGAGGAAACAAAACGCGUAACCAACGCACUCGCGGUGGAAGAACGCGUACGAUGGUCGGACUUCGUGAGUUACCUGCGAUGA